UCUUCGGAGCGGUAACCAUAUGGACUGGGUACCAAACUUAACUUUCUCGCGAUAAGGCAUCUCAAAUCGGUAGCAAUCUACCAUUUCUCCAUUAUCAACCCUUUUUUCCUUCUUUGUCACCUGCCUUCUUCGUCUCUCGAGCGUCAAAACGUAGCCCUAUUCCCAACCAGCCUGCGGAUCUUUGAAGGCGAAGAUGAGAGAAAUUCUUCACAUCCAGGGCGGACAAUGUGGCAACCAGAUCGGCGCCAAGUUCUGGGAGGUGAUCUGUGACGAGCACGGGAUUGAUCACACUGGCAAGUACAGUGGCGAUUCCGACGUGCAACUGGAGCGGAUCAAUGUCUACUACAAUGAGGCAAGCGGGGGGAGGUACGUCCCGCGAGCUGUUCUUAUGGAUCUGGAGCCUGGGACAAUGGAUUCGGUCAGAUCCGGGCCUUUUGGGCAGAUCUUUCGCCCAGAUAACUUCGUCUUUGGGCAAUCUGGGGCGGGGAACAACUGGGCUAAGGGACACUACACAGAGGGGGCAGAGCUCAUUGAUUCUGUUCUGGAUGUGGUGAGGAAGGAAGCAGAGAACUGCGACUGCCUGCAAGGAUUCCAAGUAUGCCAUUCAUUGGGUGGAGGAACAGGAUCUGGCAUGGGUACUCUUCUUAUUUCCAAGAUCAGAGAAGAGUACCCGGAUCGCAUGAUGCUCACUUUCUCCGUUUUUCCAUCACCCAAGGUCUCCGAUACUGUUGUGGAGCCAUACAAUGCUACUCUCUCUGUUCACCAACUUGUUGAGAAUGCUGACGAGUGCAUGGUUCUUGACAAUGAGGCUCUCUAUGAUAUUUGUUUCCGCACCCUCAAGCUUGCUACUCCUACCUUUGGUGAUCUGAAUCACCUCAUAUCUGCUACCAUGAGUGGUGUUACAUGCUGCCUCCGCUUCCCCGGUCAGCUCAACUCCGACCUGCGUAAGCUGGCUGUCAAUCUGAUCCCCUUUCCACGGCUCCACUUCUUUAUGGUAGGUUUCGCUCCCCUGACUUCCAGGGGAUCUCAGCAGUACCGCGCCCUCACAGUUCCAGAACUGACCCAGCAAAUGUGGGACUCAAAGAACAUGAUGUGCGCGGCUGAUCCUCGUCACGGCCGCUACCUCACUGCCUCAGCCAUGUUCCGUGGAAAGAUGAGCACCAAAGAGGUGGACGAGCAGAUGAUUAACGUUCAGAAUAAGAACUCUUCCUACUUCGUUGAGUGGAUUCCCAAUAAUGUGAAGUCCAGUGUGUGCGACAUCCCCCCCAAGGGGCUUAAGCUGGCCUCUACCUUCAUUGGCAACUCAACUUCCAUUCAGGAGAUGUUCUGCAGGGUGAGCGAGCAAUUCACAGCAAUGUUCAGGAGAAAGGCUUUCUUGCAUUGGUACACGGGUGAGGGAAUGGAUGAGAUGGAGUUCACCGAGGCGGAGAGUAACAUGAAUGAUCUGGUGGCGGAGUAUCAGCAAUACCAGGACGCUACUGCGGAUGAUGACUUUGAGGAGGAGGAAGAGGAGGUGGAAAACUGAGCCUUAGAAAAUAAAUAACCAUUUUGUAUUCUAAUGAAUUUUUUUUUUAAAUCAGCUCUUCUAUUUUCCAUCUGAUGAUGUGAGAUCGUAUUGUGGAGUGUUAGGACAUUAAAAUCCGUGUUUGUUUAUUGUUGUGAUGGUUUUCUAUAUAUUCUGUGGACUGGAGUUUCUAACGUAGCAUGCCAGGGUAUUAUAUG